AUGGGGGGGGUUGGGGAUGGCAAUGCUGCGCCAUCAUCGCUCCAGCCGGAGCAGCAGGUUGUCGGCGAGAACCACUAUGCGAGGCCCGAGGUGACGAAGUGGAGACAUAAAGCGGUCAUCAUCCCUGGGUUCGCCACGGACGCCCGUGUUUUCGAGAAGCUGUGCCACCGAUUGGAGCGAAGAGGGGUCGCUAGCGUCGUGGUUCCCAUCCGCUGGUACCACUGGCUGCCAACUCUGGGGGGCCGGAGUGUGCGGCCGAUCCUAGAUCGUAUCCACGAGACCGUCAUCAGGUGUGUCUGUGCCCAGGAGCACAAAGACAUGCCGUACGCGUUCAACGAGCCCGGCCUGCAGAGCGAGGUCGCGCCGUACACGGCUGAGGAUUUCUGGGCGGAGAUGGGCGAUCCCAAGCGUGGGGCACAUCACAUGGGACCCAUCGACCUUCCCGUUCUGCCGUCGAAGCCAUCGGUAGACGAGCGCGUGGUGUUGAUCGCGCAUUCCGCCGGAGGCUGGAUGUCCAGAAUCUACCUCUCUGAGGCCUGCUACGACGGGCGAAUAUACAACGCGUCUCACGCUGUCAACGGCCUCGUCACGCUGGGAACGCCACACGUCCGACUCACGGAUGACAAGGGACGACACCGCGAACUGCCCUUCAGCAGAAACUUCAAGUUUGUGGAAGAGCGCUGCACCGGAGAGAAGGGGGGCGACUGGGAGAAGAUUAUACCAACGGUUUGCAUCGGAGGCUCGGCGCUUGAGGGACGGUCAACCUUCGGAGGCAUGUUCAAGGACCUGGUGUACCAGAGCUAUGAGCUUUGCUGCGGGGAUGGGUCAGGGACGGGAGACGGUAUUACUCCACUCAAGAGCGCGUUUGACAUGGCCGGUGCCAAACGCUACGUGGAGCUUGAGGGGGUGCUUCACGCGGCACGCAUGGGUGGCAAGUGGUACGGCAGCGACGACGUCAUCGACUCGUGGUUAGAACCUUCCCUGGACACGAUCUUCGGCCCACCGGUGGAAGAGGUGGAGGGCACACGUAACGUCUUCAAGACGACCACGGAGCUCCCUCAGAAGGGAUCGUCCCGCACAGUUGUCCACGACGGAGAUCGGGUGCAAAAUGACGUCACCUGACAAAGCCCACGUUUGCUACGACGCACCCAAACCGCGAGUGAAUGCAGAACAGGACGGCCGACCGGGGUGGUGGUGGGGGGGUGCAUUGAAUGGGGGGCAUGCUGCGUAAUCCCCACAGGAGAUUUUCGAAGGCACAAGGACGAAC